AUCGCCGCAUCCCGGCGCGAUCCCAGGAUCCCCAAAGAUCCAAUUUUUCCCCACCGCCGCCGCACCGAGGAGCCCAGGAAUCCCUAGGCAAUCCCAAGAAUCCGGGAGGAUAUUCAGGAGGAAUCUUCCACUCCGGCGUCGCUCCCUCCGGCCAUGGACACGGACCCGCUGCUCCCGACCACCGCCGCGCCGCACCUCCUGCAGCCGCUGCCGGAGAACUCCUCCUUCUCCGACUUCGGCGCGCCGCCCAAUUCGCCCUGCCCUUCCCCGGCCUCCUCCUACAAGGACCGCCUCAUCUUCGGCCCCCUCCUCGACCACCAACCUCCCCCGCCGCCCCCUCCUCCCCCGCCCCCGCCGCAGCCGCACCACUACCGCCGCAUCUCCGUCGGCCACCACGACCCGUUCCGCGACUACGACGACCACCCGGCCUGCUCCUCCUCCACCCCGCCCUCCGACGAGGAGGAGGCGCAGCCGCAGCAGCCGCUCACGCCGUCCCUCCUCAACUUCCUCGGCGCGCGCACCAACCUGCACCGCUCCCGCACCGCGCCCGCCAUGGCGCCGCUCAGCGCGGCCGUGCUCGCCGCCUCCGCCGAGGCCGACCACCACCACCCGCCGCCGCCGCCGCCGCGGCGGCCCGCCAUCGUGCUCCACGCCUUCCUCUUCCUCCUCGCCUACCUCGCGCUGGGCGUCACCUUCUACGCCGCCUUCCCGGCCAACUUCACCUCCUCCAACGGGCCCACGCACCCCGUCGUCGACGCGCUCUACUUCUGCAUCGUCACGCUCUGCACCAUCGGCUACGGGGACAUCACCCCGGCCAGCCCCGCCGCAAAGCUCUUCUCCAUCUCCUUCGUGCUCGUCGGCUUCGGCUUCGUCGACAUCCUCCUCUCCGGCAUGGUCUCCUACGUGCUCGACCUCCAGGAGCACCUCCUCAUCACCGCCAUCAAGAACCCCCGCUCCGCGCGCAAGAACAAGCACAACUACAUCUUCGACGUCAAGAAGGGACGGAUGCGCGUGCGCAUGAAGGUCGCCCUCGCGCUCGGCGUCGUCGCCAUCUGCGUCGGCGUCGGGGCCACCGUGCUCAGGAAGGUCGAGCAUAUGGGCUGGCUCGAUGCCGUCUACCUUGCGGUCAUGUCGGUCACCACGGUCGGGUACGGGGAUCAUGCGUUCCGGACAUUGCACGGGCGCCUCUUCGCGUCUGCCUGGCUUCUCGUGUCCACGCUCGCUGUGGCGCGCGCAUUCCUCUACUUGGCCGAGAUGAGGAUUGACAAGAGGCACCGUGCAAUGGCCAAUUGGGUGCUGUCCAGGGACAUGACCGUGUCCGAGUUUCUCGCUGCCGACAUCGACAACCAUGGCUAUGUCACGAAAUCGGAAUUUGUUGUUUACAAGCUGAAG